ACUCUCAACCAUGUCGUGGAACCCCGAGCAACGCUUCUACAGCCAGCCACUUCCGGCAGUGGGGGAGUUCGUGAAGGUCAGGGUCACCCGUGUGACGUCACUGGGGGUUUACACCGAGCUGUUGGAGUAUGGCGGCCAAGAGGGCAUGAUCGUGUCGUCAGAACUCGCCAAGACGUUCUUCCGGUCAGUUCAUCAGCUGGUGCGAACAGGAAAGGCACUAUGCUGUAAAGUCAUCCGGGUCAAUGAGAAAAAAAAGUACAUCGACUUGUCCAAGAAGAGAGUGACCCCUGAGGAUGAUGAGGCGUGCCAUGCUAGGUACACAAGAGGGAAACUGGUCCAGUCGCUUGUGCUGCGAACGUGCCAGAGACUGGACAUCCAGGAUGCGGGGUCCGUGUUGGGAAUGUUCGAGAAGACGGCCUGGUUGCUGGACACAAUGGCGGGCAGGGAGACAGCGGCCCUUGACGUCUUCAAGGACGCAGUGCGCACCCCUAGUGUGCUUGACCAGUGUCCAGUGAGCCCGGAGGAGAGGGAGGCGCUCCUGGAGACUAUCAGGUCUCGUCUGAAAGAGCCCCAGCUUCAUCUGUGUGCAGUGAUUGCCGUGACCUGCUGGGGGCCUGAGGGAGUGGACGCGGUCAAAGACGCCCUAAAACAUGGAGGUCAGGAGGGGGCAGACGACACAGGCGCUAAGGUCAAGAUUCUGUACAAAGAAGCGCCGUACUAUAACAUAUUCCUGGAGACGGUGGCCAGAAAGCGAGCCGACGGAGUGGCCACUAUAGAAGCCGCUAUCGCCGCGGUUCGAAACCGCAUCCUUCAGUAUGAUGGUGGUGGUUUCCGAUUGGUGACGAAGCCCACGGAGCUACGGAAGACGCGCCAUUGUGCAGAGCUUCCUGGCGAGGAGGAAGUGACGUAUGACGAAGGUUUCAGCUCUGACGACUCUGAGGAUGACGAGACAUCCUGUUCCGUGGAAGAGGUCAGGGGAGAAGAGUCUGACGAGUUGGCUAGGAAAGCUGAGCAAUCAUUGGCUGACACAGAUGUCUUACGCCUUCUGAUUAGUGGAGAGGACAGUGGGAUUGUUCAAGACGGUCAAUGAUUAGUUUUAGUUAAGAGUUUUACCCAAUAUUCUCUACUACCUUAUACCGGUCUUUGGUUUUACGGCACUUGCACCACUAAUAGGUCAUAUAAGUGCUUAAAAGAGCAGGUGUAACUAGAGAGUAGCAUACAACUAUAUUAUGAAGGCAGGGAGAAGAGAUAAAGACUAUUUUUAUACGUUCUUUUCCUCUACGCAAUUUUUUUAAUGUAUGAUAUGAUGUAAGUAAGCAUAUGGAGUGCGUCACUGUCUAGUCAAAAUUCUUUCGUUUCCAUCUUUUGUAUUUGUCUGUCUGUCUUAGUGUCUCUCAAUCUGUUUGUCUGUCUAUCUGCCUGUCUGCCUGUCUGUCUGUCUGUCUGUCUGUCUGUCUGUCUGUCUGUCUGUCUGUCUGUCUGUCUGUCUGUCUGUCUGUCUGUCUACUUUUCGUUGUACUAAAUGAACAUUCAUGUGCUCAAGUGCUUCUCUCUUUUAGAACCAACAAUAUUGGCAAUUUGCAUGAAAAUAAGUAGUACUAAAUUCUAAUCAUUCUUUAUUUCCACUUAACAGCAUCCUCGUGAUUUUUCUGUCUGCUAUGCUUGAGAGAAGUUAAAGAUGUUUUGAUACUGAAUGUAUAUUAUUAUUAUCUGUGAUAUAUGAAUAAAGUACGUUAUACA